AUGAGCAGACACGCCAACUCGGCAACAAAGUUCCUUCGGCGCGGUAAAAACCAUUCUCACCAAAGUGCGGAUGGCGCCUCGCUGGGCAGGGACCCCUCCAUUCCAUAUGAGGAUGAGGCAGGGAGCGAUCUCCCACUCGGCUGCUCCCCUGUGCGAUCACCAAAGCCAAGCCAGGUCACACUGCAAGGUUCCUCUCAGCACCUUCCACGACAGCGCCCCCGCUUUCAUACCGUUCAGGACCUCGACUUGGCCCUCAACCAGGCCAUUGAAGGUCGCAUCAACAGCAAAAACGCCUGGGCCUCGAAAGAGGCGAGUGACUUACUGGAAGGUAUCACGCACACGAUUGAAAGUACACUGGAGGCCAACGCGGCGGACGAUUAUUCAGGCUUCACAAAAGCAGCAACUGUAGUGGAAGGGUGCUCAAAGGUGUGGACAAUUCGGGUGGAUAGUACCUAUCGGCAAAGCAAUCAAAUGGUGCAACGCCUACUUCGGAAUGAGGAAACCUCGACUGGAGAUGCCGAUGGGGAGGAGGAGGGACAGGAAGAAAGUGGUAACAAUGUGCUUUCUGGAAAGAGUAAGAUAAAAAGGGGGAAUUCCCUGAACUCAACGCUUGCACGCACGUUGGCUCUCAAUGCUACUGAAAUCAACCUGGAUGCUAAAGCCAAAAUUGCCCUCACUCAAACCGGUAUUAACGCCCAGUUUCGCUCUAUCACAGAGAAGUUCGACCAAGGUAAUGCACAUGGUUUGUUGAUGAACAACGCACCAUUGGGGAGUAUGGGUAACCUCAUUCUUGAUAUCGAUUACUCACGCUAUUCCUGUAAGGACGUCCAAGACGCGUUCUCGCAUCAAACCCGCAAAAGUCAUUCAGAGCGCGACUCCGGAAGUGCAAGGGACGACGCUUUUACAGCUGUCACUGUGAAAAAAGAAAUUAAUGAGGACAUUGAUCAAGGCAACGAAUUUGAAAACGGACUGGAAACAUCUCACCUACCGUGGGCUUGUGUUGAGGAAGAUACGGAGUUUGAUGCCAAUGUGGAUAACCUACCGGAAUACAUUGCAUCUCCGCUGCUCGAGUCCGCCAGUGAGGGCCGCAUAAGCGACGCAAUUAAUAGCAACAAAUCCAGAAGUAUACGCGGUAGCACACGAGAAAAUGCAGUGAGUGAACUUUUAUUAUUACCACAUGCAGCGAUUAAACACGAAAUCAUUUCAACAGAUGCAUCUUUACCAGCGGUGGGAAAUCCUCUGGUUUCAGACUCCUCUGCUCUUACUGCUAACCAUAUUGGUGAUGAUAAGGGCCUUUCGGAGGGUCCUUGCGUAAAAUCUGCAGAUACGGACGAUGACGGCUAUGAUUUUACCGGAUAUGAUUGCUGGGAUGAAGAAGAUGGUGGUGCGGUCGAAGAAGGUUCAAAUUCCAGCGCCUUCAAUGCGGACCAUGCCGUGGGGCAGUUCGCAUCUGGUGCUUACGAAAUGCAAACCAUGGAUUCUCGGUUUACUUACCCACAUGCUGUUCCUGGAAACGAUGGCGCAGGUGGAGGGACAGUGCAGCAACUUGCUCUAGAGGCUGAGGACCCUUCCUCAUGGUGCUCCCUCGCAGAUGUCUCGUCUUACUCGCAUUUGUUGUUUGGUGCAGCUUCCCGUUCAGAACUUUCACGACUGCAUCGUGAGCACAAGCUGCUCACCCAGUCUCAGAAACAACAACUUCAAUCAAGUGCAAACCCAGGUGCCUCUGGUGAUGCGAAUGUGGGCUCGCCGACAAAACGCUUGAAGAAAGAGCGUACUGUCGUGUUCGACCUUGGUGAUACUGCUAAGUUAACUGAUGACCCUCUCCCGGGGACUGCAUCCGAUAUUCUCUCAAUUGAUCCAAGCCGCUUAAAUAGCACCAGCAGUAUUCUCAAACAGAGUACCACCGAGGGCAAAAACAUGACUCCCUUAGGGAAGGAAGUCCUGAUUAACAAGGGCGCUGAGAGCCUGGCGCAAGCUUACACACAAAGCUCCGUGCAGCGCAGCAAAGCUGAGGAGUCUAACCUUCUGCUGCCUCCCGCGCCUAUUCCUGGUAAAACGAUACCGAGCUACCUCCCUCACCCGGUUGAUAUUUCAAGUUUUUUCCAGCCUUUUUCAACGGUAGCUUCCGAGUGGAAUCUUCUACGCAAAUCUGCAUCUGGACAGCUCAGAAUUGGUACCUGUUCGAGGAAUGCUUCGUCCCUCAAUGUUGGGAACGCCAACGACCAUCAUGCCGCCUUGAAUGGUGUUGAGCAACAGUGUUAUGAUGAUGGCGACAUCGGUGAGGGUGGUUGCCUGGGUGGGGAUAUGCCAAUGGAAUAUUUUCCCACAGGCGCUGAUAUCCUGGCGGAGAGGGGGGCAGAGGAUUGUAUGGGUUAUGACCUUGGUGGUGAGUUGGAGUAUUCCGGUAACGAUGACUAUGACCCUGACGAACUCCAACACCAGGAGCAUCAGAGACUGCUUGCGCAAUUUGAAGCUCAAGCAGCAGCGGUAACAGUGGUUUCAUCGACUCGUACAAGCAAAGGCGAAGAUGGGUCUAUGGGAGAGGACACCGACGCGGUGUUAGAUCCAACAGAACUUUUGCGCAUGUUCCAGUCCCCUGAAGCAUUCUUGCCUACACAAGUGGACGUGGUGAAGCUGCGGCAGAUCAUGUGGGAGAUCGUGCAGGAAUCGCUUGGGAUUAGCUCGAAGCAAAACCCCCUAGAUUGUGAUACAGAUGAAGCUUAUAAAAAGGAGAGAGAAGUCAACUCGAGUAAAACUGAUUCCCGUGAAGAGGUUAAUGAGGGAUCUGACAAAGUACUCACGACGAGACGCAAUCUCGACCGAGAGUUUGGUAUGCUGAAGCCACACAUGCAGUCAAUCCUCAAGCCACGCAAAAAGAAUCAGCAACAUGUAGACCCAAAUAGCAAACAAGAGAAGGAACGUAAGGAAGAUGAAAGUGAUCGAAUAAGGACCCAGGACGUCACAAAGGACAGCAGUGAUAAGCAUAAGUGCGAUUUGGAAGAUAAAAAUGGUGAAAUCGUGGAUAAGGCAGCUUCGGAGUUUCCCAUGCUCCGUUUCAGUGAUGUCGUUACUAAGCUCCUACCUGUUGUCCCGAGUAUUAGUUCAACAGGGACACUUUCCCCUGCAUUUUUUUUCUUUUCCAUCCUCUUCUUGACCAACGAACAUAAUUUGGUGCUGGAAAAUAUGAAUACGUUAGAUGAUCUAAUCAUUCAUAGUAUCCCAAGGCGGCCCCAUAAAAUACGCGUAUAG